AUGGACUUUGCGAAGAACCUCGUGCUCGGCGGCACGUCCGGCUGCCUCGCGAAGACGCUCUGCGCGCCGCUGGAGCGCGUGAAAAUAGUGCUGCAGACGGCCAAGGGCGGCGCGGGCGCGGGCAUGGUGGGCACGGCGCGGUCCAUCGUCAACGACCAGGGCGCCCGGGCCCUCUGGCGCGGGAACCUGACGAACUGCGCGCGCUACUUCCCGACGCAGGCCAUCAACUUCGCCUGCAAGGAGCGCUACCAGAAGGCGCUCGUGCCCGACAAGGCGACGGCGGGCUUCGCCGCGUGGUUCGCGGGCUACCUCGCGGCCGGCGGCGCCGCGGGCGCGACGAGCCUCACGGUCGUCUACCCGCUGGAAUUCUCCUACACGCGCCUCGCGGCGGACGUGGGCAAGGUCAAGCAGUUCCCGGGCGGGUUGCCCGACGUGAUCUCGACCAUCGCGAAGAAGGACGGCGUCUCCGGCCUCUACCGCGGCUACCCGACGUCCGUCGCGGGCAUCAUCGUCUACCGCGCGGGCUACUUUGGCUUCUACGACGCGGGCAAGCAGGUCUUCUUCGCCGACGGCGGCGCGAACACGUCGAUCUUCCUGAAAUUCGGGCUCGCGAUGGCCGUCGACAUCUCCGCGGCGUGCUUCGCGUACCCCAUCGACACCGUGCGCCGCCGCCUCAUGAUGCAGAGCGGCUCGGGCGCCGACAUGCAGUUCAACUCCGCGUCGUCGGCCGUGAAGCACAUCUACAAGCGCGAGGGCGCGGCCGGCUUCUUCCGCGGCUGCAUGGCCAACAACGUCCGCGCGAUCGCGUCGGCCCUCGUCCUCGUCCUCUACGACGAGGCCAAGAAGCUCACGGCCUAG